UCAGUAAAAUAUUCUCGCAAUUAGAAUAAAAUAAACGGAGAAAAGGAAAAGCAGUGCUCUGGUGUUUGCCUAUACAGAUUUUCCUUCUCAACUUUGAUAUUUUCUUAGCUCACGAUCUUCCAGUUUAUUCGCUCAAUGGAAACCAUUUAGAGCUGUUACCAUCAGACCCGUGUAGGAAAUACAAGGAAUUUGGAGGAAGAGAAGCUUGGGAGAGAGAAUCUUGCCAAGGUUUUUGAUCAUGGCGGUGGUGGAAAAUGCCGGGGUUAACGCGAUGCCGUCGUCGAAUCGGGAUGGGCAACAAACGGACGCCGCUGUGGAUCACCAUAACCAGCAACUGUCAACAAAACCCGCCGCUAAUAGCCAAAAGUCAACGAAGCCCGCCGAUCAGAAUUACCACCUGAUGCAGCAGAAAAUGACCAACGGCCACCCCCAGCUGCAGCAGCACUCCAGCAAUGGAAAUGGGGUUCCACAAGAGAAGAAAAUGAAUGAGAAUGAUGAUGGAGGGGAAGGGUUUAAGAGGGAGAUGAGAGAUUUAGAGGAGAUGCUCUCGAAAUUGAACCCGAUGGCGGAGGAAUUUGUGCCGCCGUCGCUUGCCCCAGUCGUCGUCGGCGGGCACCCCAGGCUGGGGGUGGCGCCCCCCCAUGCAGCAGCAGCAGCUGCGGCGGCGGCGGCGGCGGCAGGGCAUUUUGGGUAUAAUGCUAAUGGUUUUGUAAUUCAACAGCUCGUUAAUUCAGGUGUUCCAACUGAAAAUUCUUUUAGAAGGAAGAAAAAUGGCUAUACUAAUGGGAAAAGGAGGGUGAAUAGUCGGACAAGCAUGGCCCAAAGAGAAGAUGUGAUUAGGAGGACAGUGUAUGUCUCUGAUAUUGAUCAUCAGGUCACUGAAGAGCAACUUGCAGCACUUUUCAUAAGUUGUGGACAGGUUGUGGAUUGUCGUGUUUGUGGUGACCCUAAUUCUGUACUCCGUUUUGCGUUCGUUGAAUUCACUGACGAAGAAGGAGCAAGGAAUGCUUUGAGUUUGUCAGGAACUAUGCUUGGGUAUUAUCCAGUGAGAGUACUGCCUUCCAAAACUGCAAUUGCACCUGUUAAUCCGACAUUUUUGCCAAGGUCUGAGGAUGAAAGGGAGAUGUGUGCAAGAACUAUUUAUUGUACAAAUAUUGAUAAAAAGGUCACCCAAGCAGAUGUCAAACUCUUCUUUGAGUCCAUUUGUGGCGAGGUUCAUCGCUUGAGGUUGCUUGGUGACUAUCAUCAUUCCACUCGUAUAGCUUUCGUGGAAUUCGUAAUGGCUGAGAGUGCGAUUGCAGCUCUGAACUGCAGUGGUGCAGUCUUAGGAUCACUGCCUAUAAGGGUAAGCCCAUCAAAGACUCCCGUCCGACCCCGUGCACCCCGCCAAGUGAUGCAUUAAAGCUUUCAGUGGAGUUUCCCUAGCGCUGAUGAUCUUCAGAUAACCACUUCUAUUUUUCUCUAUAUAUAUACGUAUGGAGUUACUGAUACGUUUAAGGUACUCUGUGGCAUCGAUGUUUUUAUCAUUUUCCUGUGUCGUGUCUCUGCUGGUCUUUCAGCUGCACCGGAUAUUUAUAGUUGACUGCUAGGCUUGUAGAGUAUAUGACCUUUUUCGAGGCGCAAGAUGUUAAUUAUGCUCGAUAUUAGGAAAUGCCUCAAAGUACUGAUACCGUUUUAUGCAUCUGAUCUUGAACGAAAACUCUUUUUUCUUUAGUAAAUUAUGGCAGGUUCUGUUCUUCCC